AUGCUGGGGCUGCUGCUGCUGCAGGUGUUGGCCAGCUGCCUCUGGCUGGGACAAAGCGAGGUGGUGGACUCCUUUGAUAGCUGUCCUCAGUUUUUCUAUGCGGCGAUUCCCCCAAAUGAUGCCCUGAACCCAAAUAGCCCAGCCUGGAUCUGUCAGCACUUCAACCACUCGUAUCACUAUGCCACCCUGUAUGACAAAGAAAAGAGAAUUCCAGUGUACUCUGCUUACAAAUAUGAGCCUGGAUCUGGCACUAGACGUGAUUUUUGGUUUGUUGAGCCUCAGCUUAUCAACCCAGGUUAUUCCAAGGACAUGGCUACAGAGACGUACAUCGAAAACAAUUACCAUAUCACUCUACAGCAAAUUGGCCAGAAUCAGGCUGUCACCCAAGACUACCAAAACCUCCAGGGUUUGGACCGUGGUCAAUUAUGCCCGUUUGACCACCAAAGUGGCGACAACAGCAAGAUGGCUACCUUCACCCUCACCAAUAUAGUGCCCCAGAACAGCAUACUCCACGGGGGUGCAUGGAAAGAAUAUGAGUACAAAACGAUGGGUCAGAAUACCCAGGGCUGUAAAACCACCUACGUGAUCACGGGUGCUGUGCCUGGGAACACCUACAUCUCCAAUAACAGGGUUAAUUUACCCAGCCACAUCUGGUCAGCUGCCUGCUGCUUGGGGGCUGAAGAGCCCACGAAGGCUUGGGGGGCCAUUGCUGAGAAUGACAUGAAUGAGGUGACGGUCUACAGCCUGCGGGAGCUGGAGGAGAAGUUGUCCAAGCUCUACUCGGGGAAAACAGUUACUCUGUUUGAUGAUGACUGUCCCCGAGACUAA